AUGUUCUUCCUAUGCCUUCUUUUCCAGAAAGGAAUUCCCAUCGGGGCUUUCUGCAAAGACUUCAAUGAGAAAACCAAAGAGCUCAAAGAAGGCAUUCCUCUUCCCAUCAAGAUCAAUGUGAAGUCGGACAGAACGUAUGACCUGAAAAUUGGGCAGCCCACUGUGUCUUACUUCUUGAAACAGGCCGCCGGCAUUGAAAAAGGAGCCGGAAAGACUGCCUGUCACCAGAAGAGUACGGGCAGUUUCUCCGAGAGCGUGAGGAGAGACUGAAGACAGAAGCCGAGGCAGCAGCCGCUGAGGCAGCAGCAGCAGUAAAGAAGAAAUGAAGAGCUGCUGUGUGCUAGAGUUAUUUAUCAAUACGAAACCCCCGCUCACAUGGAUGUUUUUCUAAUAAAAUGCUGCUCAUUUGCAUCCAAAUGUAUUGAAGUCUAUUUUUUUCCUCAGUGUCUCUCAUUGUUGAUUCUAUCCUGCCUCCUGACUUCUCUCUACCUCCCCCACUUUCUCUUUUCUUUUCUCUGCCUCCUACAACCUUUUUUAGGCCUCUCAGCCACUUUCACCUACUCUUUCUCUCGC